GUAUUCUAAAAUAGAAUCUCUAUUUUUCUUAAGAAAAACUUUCCCCAUAUUAUAUCCUGGAGAUAACCUCACAAAAGCCUGAUCUUCAUAGUACUCUCUAAAAACUGUGGCUUAAUGAGAAAAGCAAAGAGGAAUAGUCAAAUUAAAUUUGUUAGGUAAUAUAGACUUUAAAAUGUCAGAAAUGAAGAUUUGGAAGUCAAUAUAAACCAUUUCCUGGAAAUAAUAUUGGAGACAAAAUAGGAACAGUUGAAAAAUUGCUAGAUUUGGAAUUAAAAGAUCUAGAUUCAAAUUUUGACUGACUUUGUUGAUAAGUGCCCAUGGCUUUAGGCAACCUCUUUACCUCUCUGGGCCUCAAUUUCUCAUCUGUAAAAAAGGACACAAAAGAGGAUUGGACUAGAUUAUUUCUGAGGUCCCUUUCAGCUUUAAGCCCAUGAUUCUAUGCAUGUCCUUCAGCUAAAUCCUUCAGUUUAAUACUGUCCUUAGUUACAAAAUUGCCCUCUACUUAAAUGCUAUGCAAACAGUUUCAGCACCACUAACAGCGCCCAGUCCUACGCAGCUGGGAGAGAUUUUUUUUUUUUUUUAAUGAACAUGCGUUUUUGUUUAUCCUUUUCCUUCUUUCUUUUUCUCUCUCCUGUCUUUUGUUUCCUUUCCUUUCUCUUUCCUUCCCUUGUUCCUUUCCUUUCCUUUCCUUUCUCCUUCCCUCUUUCCUUCCUUCCUUCUUUUCUUGCUAUCAUCCUUCCUCGCUUUUUUUGUCCUUACUAGAAAUUGAGAGAAGGUCAAAAUGACGCAUUCUAUUCUCAGUUAAAUCUCUUCUUUGGCUGAUAAUGCUCAGGAGGUACUAGCACAACUUGGACUGGAAGAUACUGCCUCAGUACAUAUAAUAAUAUCAGGGACAUAGCCGGAAAUCUAGAGGGGAUUUUUAGCAAUAAAUUCGUUAGACCCCUGCUGCUUUAGGAAGUCAAUGUGGUGAUGAACCCUAAUUGAUAACCUGAGGUGCUGGAUAUAAAUAGAAAUGAGCUCUUUUUUUUUUCAGAUCUGGAGAAUUGUUAAAAGACACAUAAGCCUGUUGCUAAUGUAGCCCAGACUUCCUUUCCCUUUUUAGUUCCCACCCCUUUCUUCUCUCCCAUACACAGCCAGACACAGACCCAGACAUACGCAUACCCACACACAAAUACGUACACACACAGAGAGAGAAAAAUACGCACACAUACAGAUAUAUACAUUUCCACAUGAAUAGACACAGAGAAGAGCUCUUACCCACUCCCACACACAUAUACACAUACACACACAGAUAAGUACAUACACACGUAGGCCAGGGAAGAUUCCACGCAGGUACAUAGGACAAGCGUUUUGCAUUGUUCCUGAAACAGAUCAUCUAAUACAGAGAAACCUGCAAACACUUUAGUCAACUCGCUGGAUUUCAUCUCCAUGGCAACAAGCAUGGAAGGCCACGACAUGAUCCAAGCAGGAAUCCUGAAGAGGAAUUCCAACAAUGUGGUAGCAAAUGAUGAGUAGUAUCCACCAUAGCAACGGAGCAGCCAGCAUGAGUGUCAACAAAGUUUCAGCUUUCUCAUUGACAUUGGAACAAAAAACAGGCUUUGCAUUUGUGGGGAUUCUGUGCAUUUUUUUGGGCCUUCUUAUUAUCAGAUGCUUUAAAAUUCUGCUGGACCCCUACAGUAGUAUGCCUUCUUCCACUUGGGAAGAUGAAGUGGAAGAGUUUGAUAAAGGAACCUUUGAAUAUGCACUUGCAUGAACAUUCUGCCUUCAUUUUCAUGUUUAUUCAAGUUCAAUAGAAAACAAAACAAAAUAACUACCUGUGGCUCAUACAUCUGUAACCAUCACUGAGGAAAUGAAGGGAGGCUUGUGACACCUAUAUGGUUAAAUAAAUGUCUAAGGUUAACUCAAUGG